AAUUUUAAUACUUAUGUUUCAGCCAUACAAAAUCUCUAGGAGAGCCAAAGUGGAAACGAUGACCCUAUCAUCCUUAUCUAAAUUUGCCAUAAUGUAGAUUGUCAGUCACGAAUCAUCAUCAAUUCCUAAACAACACGAUUUUAACCCACAACAGACGUCUGACCGGUUGCAUCCGCCCAAUCUAUCCGCCAUGAAUAGCUUCAAUGUUUUGGUCAUCAAGACUUAGUCUGCGUGGCCCGUGACGCAACUGCUGAUUAUUUAUGCAUAGCAAAACGAUCGCCGCAAAACGAGCCCCGAAAAACCAUCGCUAUCAACGAACCGCACACUAGGUACUGGGUCUUUGGUUGUGCAGAAAUCGUGUCAACCUCCGCCGUUGGCGCCCAGUGAUUGUGGGAAAGGUAUACGCGCGAUUACCGACCGGUAAUACGGGUACUAGUUUGUGUUGAUACCUCAAGUGGAGCGGUUGUCUUCGAACGGUUAUCAUCGCGGUCGGGUUAUUUUGAGACGAGAAACGAUGUCAUCUUCGGUGGAAAGCCUGGAAAGAAAGGAUGCAGAGGAUUACGACCCAUUUGCUCAUAGGAAUACUAAAAAACCAAACACAACCAUCGGAAGCUUCAUUCAUCUGGUGAAAGGAUCCUUGGGAACGGGCAUCAUGGCCAUGCCACUGGCGUUCAAAAAUGGUGGUCUGUUAUUCGGUACGAUAGGGUCCAUAGUAAUAUGCAUUAUUUAUGCUCAUUGUGUACAUUUGUUGGUUGGUACAUCACAGAAACUGUGUAAGAAAACUCGUACACCUGUACUAGACUAUGCAGCGACAGCUCACAAAGCAUUUGAUACAGGACCACCAGGAAUCAAACCGUUGGCUAAAUAUGUAUCAGUAUUCAUUGACUGGAUGUUGGUGAUAGACAGCAUCCUAUCCAUCUGCUUGUACAUCGUCUUUAUAGCAGAAUCGAUGCAAGGCGUGAUUUACAAUCUGAACGGAUUAGGUUGGGAUACUCGAAUAUACAUCCUACUACUUCUGAUUCCCAUCGUAGUUAUUAUGCAAGUUCGGGAACUGAAACAGCUUGUCCCAUUUACGGCCGUAGCCAAUAUGCUCAUCAUCGCCUCGGUGGGAGUUUCGUUGUAUUUCAUCUUUAGCGAACCGAUAUCGCUUGCUGACCGGAACAUGUGGCCUCAAUGGACGACUUUUCCCUCAUUUGUCAGCACGGUGCUCUUCGCAAUCGCUGGCAUCAAGACGGUUCUCCCGAUUGAAAACAAAAUGAAACACCCUCAAGAUUUCCUUAGACCUCUCGGAGUGAUGCAAAGUGGUCUUGGUAUUCUCACGGUACUCUACGGGGUAACCGGAUUCUUCGGCUAUGCCCAAUACGGAGAAGCUACCAAAGGAUCGGUUACUUUGAAUCUACCAAAUGACAACGGUUGGGCUGAAACGACGCGACUCCUGUCCGCCAUUGGCAUUCUCGUUUCCCUGGGAUUCACCCUGUACAUCCCCAUGGAGAUUAUCUGGCCCCGGUUGGAAGCGAAGAUCGCCCUGAAGUGGCACAACUUGGCGCAAAUCAGCAUCCGGACCGCGUUGGCCGUCUCGAUGGUAGGGUUUGCCCUGGUUGCACCCAAGGUUGAGUCGUUCAUUGGACUGUUGGGAUCAUUUGGGACAGCUGUGCUCUCGGUGCUGCUGCCGGUUACUGUGGAUGUACUUUACCGAUGGCCGAAUGACUUCGGCUGGUGCCGAUGGAGGUUGGUAAAAGAUGGAGCGUUGAUUUUGUUUGGACUUUUCGUGCUUACUGUGGGGACGUACUUUGGGAUACUGGACAUUGUUGAAAUAUAUCGGUGAUAAUGU